AUGGACAGUAAAAACCAUACGAGUGAUAGGGCUAGGGCGUACCCCACAGGCGACGCGCAGGGGCAGCACCCGGCUCCUGUGGGAAAUGGACAAGGGUUGUCGCACCGGAACGGGCGGGUGCGACGUAAGAAGCGAGCUCGAAGUGUGAGAGAGUUAAGAUUGAGGUGUGCAAGUUGGAAUGUAGGAACGAUAUCUGGAAGAGGAAGAGAGUUAGCAGAUGUUUUAAAAAGGCGACGGAUAAAUGCAGCGUGCCUGCAAGAGACAAAGUGGAAGGGUGCAAGGGCUAGGGAAAUAGGAGAAGGAUAUAAAUUAUUCUAUUGUGGAAGUGAUGGCAAGAGAAAUGGCGUGGGUAUAGUUUUAGAUAGUAGGUUGAAAGAAUGCGUGGUGGAUGUAAAAAGAGUGAAUGAUAGACUGAUAGCGAUUAAACUGAUUGUGGACGGCAUGACACUGAAUUUAGUAAGUGUGUAUGCGCCACAGUCAGGCUGUGAGGAGAGCGUGAAAGAAAAGUUUUGGGAAGACUUUGAUUGCCUGUUGAUGAAUUUACAGGAUAGCGAGGAAGUCUACGUGGGUGGUGAUUUUAAUGGCCAUGUAGGAAGAGAGAGUGAUGGAUAUGAGAGAGUGCAUGGUGGGUGGGGAUUAGGAAAUCGGAACGCUGAUGGCGAGGCACUUUUACAAGCUGCCUGUGCCUUCGACCUGGCUAUAACAAACACGUGGUUUAAGAAAAAAGAGGAACACCUAAUAACCUACAAGAGUGGCCACCACGCGACACAGAUAGACUACUUCCUAGUGAGGCGGAGGAGUCUAUGCUGUGUCAAAGACUGUAAAGUGCUGCCAGGCGAAGCAUUAGUCGCCCAACAUAGGCUUGUGGUAAUGGAGGUUAAAUUAAGUGUCUCCCCCAGAAACAGCCAAACACGGCCCCCUCCAAAGACAAGAUGGCGUAUGUUAGAGAAUGAUGAAUGUGCUAGUAGAUUUAGGAACCAUAUAGCGCAGAAAAUGAUAGAAAUGAAUGAUAUGGAAGAGAAAUCGGUAGAUGAAUGUUGGAAUGAGAUGGCCAGGCACAUAAGGAAGGUCGCAAAAGACGUUUUUGGAGAGUCGAAAGGAAAAGGUCUGAUAGAUAGGGAUACAUGGUGGUGGAAUGAAGAAGUGCAAAAUGUACUGAGAGAGAAGAAAGUGGCAUUUAAAGAAUGGCAGGUUGUAAAAAAUGUGAAUACAAGUUUAAAAGAUGAAAAAAAGGAAGUUUACAAGGAAUUUAAGAGAAGAGCAAAGAAGGCGGUAGCAGUGGCCAGAGCCAAGGCACAAGAGAAGUUGUACAACUCACUGAACAGCCCUAAAGGCCAGAAGGAACUCUACCGAAUUACGAAAGAGAGAGAAAGACGAUCGAGAGAUAUAACACAUAUCAAAUGCAUGAAAGAUGAGGCGGGUAAGGUGUUAUGUAGAGAUGAGGAAAUAAAAGAGCGAUGGAAGAUUUAUUUUGAAAGGCUUAUGAAUAAAGAGAAUGACUGGAAUGGUAUUCUCCAAGAGGCACAAGUAAAUAAGGGAUUAGUAAGAGAAAUAAGCAUGGAAGAGAUAAUUACAGCAGUCAAAAGCAUGAAAAAUGGGAAGGCUUUGGGUCCAGAUGACAUACCAGUUGAAGUAUGGAAGGUGUUAAAGACUGACGGAUGUAUGUGGUUGACUUUAUUCUUCAAUAAGUUGUUGCAUGAAGAAACCAUCCCUCAAGAAUGGUGCAAUAGUUCGCUAGUGCCCAUCUUCAAAAAUAAAGGGGAUGUACAGGAUUGCAACAACUAUAGAGGGAUAAAGCUCAUGUCACAUACUAUGAAAGUAUGGGAGAAGGUAAUAGAGAGAAGAUUGCGAGAAGAGAGUGAAAUUACCCAAAAUCAGUUGGGGUUUAUGUCAGGUCGAGGGACAAUGGACGCUAUUUUUGCACUCCGCCAAUUGUGCGAGAAGUACAGACGUGCUCACAAGAACCUGCACAUGGUGUUCAUUGAUCUUGAGAAAGCCUAUGAUAGGGUGCCUCGUGAAGUGUUAUGGUGGGCAUUAAAAGAGAAAGAUGUGAAACGCGACAUUUGCAAUUUAGCUUUUGAUGCUGCAAAUGGCAACCGCGGUUGUGGUAUUCGCAUCGCGAAUGUUUGA